AUAGUAGUUGAUAAAUAUGUAAUUAUAUAACACUAAAAAUUAAUCUCCAAUCUCAUUUCUAGCCCGACCCGGACCGUGGGCGGAUCUGCCAAGGAUGCAAAUGGAUGCCGUAGCCCUCAGAAAAAAUGCAGGAACUAAGUAGGCCAGGCAUGUUUUCUUCUUGUUAAACUUGUAAAUGACUGCGUACCAACGAUAUUGCAGAGCACUUCACAGUGUCGUUAACCAACGGUCUUCUUUGUUGAAAAACCUCCAUACAUAUGAUUAUGCACGCCAACUGCUCGACAAAAAUCCUCAGCCGAGUGCUGUCUUCAUUCACAGGUCCAUGCUCGACUGUAUACGCAAAAACAUCCCAUUUCAAGCGGUUGAAAUUUUCAAGAAGCGUCUUCAAUUGGGUUUUCUAAACAGCAUUGAUGAAGUUACUAUCGCCCUGGCCCUCAAAGCUUCCGGCGGAGACCCAUUACUUGGGUCUCAAAUUCAUGGUUUUGCUAUUACUUCUGGAUUUGAUUCGCAUAUUACAGUUCCUAAUGCGCUAAUGAAUAUGUACUGCAAGUCUGGACAGUUUAGUGAAGCAUUGCGUAUUUUUGAAAAUUUAACCUGUCCUGAUAUUGUUUCUUGGAAUACGGUCCUUUCGGGGUUUCAACGGAGUGAAGAUGCUUUGAAUUUUGCUUGGGAAAUGAAUUCUAGUGGCGUCCUUUUUGAUGCUGUGACUUAUACUACUGUCCUUGCAUUUUGUUCUAGGGAUGAAGAAUUUCUCUUUGGAUUGCAAUUGCAUUCAGCUAUAAUGAAAGUUGGAUUAGACUCUGAAAUUUUUGUUGGGAAUGCGCUGGUAACUAUGUAUUCAAGAUGGGGACGUUUACUGGUGGCUAGAAGAGUGUUUGAGGAAAUGCCAACUAAGGAUUUGGUUUCAUGGAAUGCAAUAAUAUCUGGUUAUACCCAGGAAGGAAUUUAUGGAUUAGAAGCAAUUUGGAUUUUUAUCCAGAUGGUUAGAAGAGGAAUACAACUUGAUCAUGUCUCAUUUACCAGUGCAGUUUCAGCUUGUGGGCAUGAGAAACACUUGGAGCUUGGGAGACAAAUACAUGGUUUGAGUAUAAAAAGGGGAUAUGGGAAACAUGUCUCGGUUGGUAAUGUUCUCAUAUCAACAUACUCGAAGUGUGAGGUCAUUGAAGAUGCUAAAUUGGUGUUCAAAAAUAUGGCUGAGUGCAAUGUAGUCUCAUGGACUACAAUGAUAUCGAUUGAUGAAGAAAAUGCUGUGUCUCUCUUUAAUGAGAUGAGAUCAGAUAUGGUUUAUCCCAAUGAUGUUACAUUUGUUGGUUUAAUCCAUGCUUUAACGAUUGGGAAUUUGGAGGAAUCAGGGAAGACGGUUCAUGGGGUCUGUAUAAAGAGUGGUUUUUUAUCAGAAUCAAGUGUUUGUAAUAGUUUCAUCACCAUGUAUGCUAAGUUUGGAUCCAUGCAAGAUUCUAUAAAGAUUUUUGAAGAGCUCAACUACAGAGAGACCAUAUCAUGGAAUGCUUUAAUAUCUGGGUACACACAAAAUGGAUCGUCUCUAGAAGCUAUUCUCACCUUCCUCUCAGCGCUAGUAGAAUCAAAGCCCAAUGAAUACACAUUUGGGAGCAUCUUGAGUGCAAUUGGUGCUGCUGAGGAUGUAUCUUUAAAACACGGCCAAAGAUGCCACUCUCAGAUAAUAAAACUUGGAUUCAACAUUAACGCAAUUGUUUCUAGUGCACUCCUUGACAUGUAUGCAAAGCGUGGGAGCAUUUGCGAGUCUCAAAGAGUUUUUGCUGAGGCACCUCAAAAAACCCAUUUGGCCUGGACAGCAAUUAUCUCUGCGUAUGCAAGGCAUGGUGACUAUGAAUCUGUCAUGAAUUGGUUUGAGAAGAUGGAAAGGGAAGGGGUGAAACCUGACUCAAUUACAUUCCUUUCUGUAAUUGCAGCCUGUGGAAGAAAGGGAAUGGUUGACAUGGGUCGACAUCUCUUUGACUCAAUGUUAAAAAAAUAUCAGAUUGAACCAUCCUCGGAGCAUUAUUCUUGUAUGGUGGAUAUGUUGGGUCGUGCAGGGCGAUUGCACGAGGCAGAGGAGCUGGUUAGUCGCAUUCCAGGACAGCCAGGAUUGUCUGUGUUGCAGAGUUUGUUAGGGGCUUGUACCAUACAUGGAAAUGUAGAGAUGGGAGAGAGAGUAGCUGAUGCUUUGAUUGCAAUGGAUCCCACCGAGUCAGGCUCCUAUGUGUUGAUGUCCAAUUUGUAUGCUGAGAAGGGAAAAUGGGAAGAGGUAGCAAAGGUAAGAAAAGGGAUGAGAGAGAAAGGAGUGAAGAAGGAAGUAGGAUUUAGUUGGGUGGAUGUUGGUGAUAUUGAUGCAUCAUUAACUUUGCAUGCAUUUUCAUCAGGGGACAAGUCCCACCCACAAUCGAAGGAGAUAUACAGGAUGGCAGAAUGCCUGGGAUCAGAAAUGAAGUUUUUGAGAGAGAGAGAACAAUUGCAUUACAACCUCAUGAAAGAUACAAACUUUAGAGCCCCUCAUGAUGGGCCUAUAAUUUUGCACUUGUAGCAUUCAAAAAGUACUCGGAUGUUAAUUUAUUCUUUAAAAAUCUAAGCUUGAAGUUGAUCAAAGGAACACUCACCAUAAUUUAAUGUUGU